UCAACUCACACAGAAUUUCUUUCUCUUCGCAAUAUUUGGUCAAAUUCCUUUCUUUUGAUCUAAGUGGGCAUCCCAAGCUUUAAUAAGCACAAAUAGGGUGACAUCAUCAUGCAUUGGAUAGUCUGUUCUAUAGUGAGGACAAUUUUGGUGUAACCUUGGUUGCCAUUGGGCCGACAUUUACAAGAUGCCAUUCUCUGACCAUUUCGAAAAUCCAAAUAUCCUACGAGAUUAGGCAUGGUCAAAUAGAGGCAUACUGACCCAAGCCAAGAGGCCUGGAGAAUACUUUUCCAAAAAGUGGCAACUUAACAUUGGACGUUGGUGAUGGAAGAAGAAAGAAUUCUAGAAAAGGAGCAGUGGAAAGCGGAAGUAUCAGCUGUUAUUCAUGAUAUAAAAAACCAUGUAUUGCAAGCAAGCAUUUCUAGUUUAGAUGCCACUGAUGAUUGUAUUUAUUUUAAUAUAACUACCUUAGAAGGUACUGAUUUUUGUAUUCAAAUGUCAAAAAGUGGUUUUGUAAUAGCUGGUAAUCAUCAUAAUAUUUCAAAUAUUCAAUCUGAUGAAUUUUUUGAAACACCAUAUUCUCUCUUAGACAAAAUAAGUCCCAAAUAUCGAGAAUCCUUUGCUCAGCAGCUUAUUGAUUCGUUGACUGCCUUGACAAAAUAAUUUUGCCUGUGUUUCAAAGAAUUCUACAGCCCAUACUUGGAUUAAACCGCUUGCAUUUCAAGAUGCCUCUUUCCUUUUGUUCGCGUACUUCUUAAAAAUAUUUAGUACCCAAUGUUUAACAUUAGGUAUGUACUCCCUUUUGUUACAUGUGUAGACCAUUUUUUUCUCUCCUCUUUUCAUUGGGAAAGUUUUUUUUUUUUUUUUUUCCUUUAGGGGUUGGGUGGGAAGUGGGGUGGGGGAUGAAUGAUAGUACAUAUGACCAUGGAUGACAGAAAUUUAUUAAUACAUUGUUGCCUCCAACACUUUCUUAAAUACAAGAGAUGAAGUAA